CUAGCAGAGGGAUGGUGACUGUGUUACAGUGAGGGUCUCAUGUUUGCUCUGGGAGCUCAGCACUUUGGUUUCCUUCAUGGGACAGGAUUAUCUGGAUUGACCAGCACAACAUCUGCUCCCUCUCUGUCUUUUCAUGUUGUUUGCCACCUGAAGGAGCCAGGACUAUGAGUACAGAGUGCUCCAGCUACACCACAGCAGAGAAGGUGUUGGUUGGGGCUUUUAGCUGUCCCAAGGCAGAUAGUGACCUGGGGGCCAUUUAUUGCUGUGGAUUUAAGGACAUCAAGUACUGCUGUGAUGACCCCAAUAGCUUUUUCCCUUAUGAACACAGCUAUAUGUGGUGGCUGAGUGUCGGAGCGUUGGUGGGCUUAUCCAUAGCAGCCGUGGUCUUAUUGGCAUUUAUCAUCACUGUAUGCGUUCUGUGUUACCUGUUCAUCAGCAACAAACCACACAACAAGUUGGACAACGGUCUCAGCCUUCAGUCAGCAGGAGCAGAACAGAGUUCCUUGGAAGGUCCCAGCAGAUCCAACCAGUCUACAGCGCCAAACGGAUUCAAACGCCAUUUUCUGAGCCAUAAACUGGACUGUGACAAUCAGCCGCAAGACCCAGACAGACUGUUCCAGAGAUGCUUUCUGGCUACUGUGACCACAAUCAACGUGCAAGGACCUUCCUGAGUUCAGUUCUCCAAACAAUGUGUUGGAAUAUUAGAUUUCAUGCUUUCACACAGCAAUCUGGCUUUAGCCUUUCAGCUCCUGGAAUCCAAAACGCAAACCGACCACAUGCC